ACCAUCGAAGUUAUUAUUACAAUUGACAGAGCAAAUUCAGAAAUGAGGAUAAUAUGGUUAGCUUUUUGGAUAAGGAUACAAUUAGUUAUGUGUGGCAUAGAUAAACCAUCUAUCAAAAUUCAUGUCAGCAACAGUUUUAUAAAGGAAGGUGAAACUAUGCAUCUUGAUUGUACCACGAGAAGUAAUACAAAAGCUACUUCAAUUUCAUUGUAUAAAGAUAAUAAGAAAUUAAGAUUAACAACAAGUAAAUCUUCGUUAAGGUUUACGAUGAGUAAAGUAAGCCGAUAUGACAGUGGCAGGUACAGAUGUUCUGCGCAGAACGAAAUUGGAAAUACUUCUAGUGAGAUAUCGAUCGUUAUUUCAUUCCCCCCUGUUGUUACUGUAUGCAUGCUGAAGUUAUAUGAAGACAGUACGUUUAGAGCAAUUCAGUGUAUACCCCAAGGAGAACCAGACAGUUAUAACUACUUUCAAUGGGAACAUAGAUCUCGUUUUAACGAGCAUAUAAGAUAUCUACGCGCUACAGAUGAUGGAAAACUUCAAAUACCAGUUGUUAACGUAUCAAACAGAUAUCAAAAUGUGGGAUUUUAUAUAUGCAAUGUUUCAAACGGAAUUCCUGAUAAUCACGGAAACGUUUUCCAACAAGGGAGAACGUACGUUGAAUAUGCAGGGCCCCCUGUGUUUGCUGCUAACACCAAACGAUUUCAAGAAAUAACAACAGAAUCAUCAAUUAAACUAAAAGUAAAUGUGUAUAGCUCAUCUAAGAUCACAUGUCACGACAUCACCGAAGUCGAUGGUACACCAUUGUCAAAAGAAAUAGGCGUGACAACACGUCCCGUACUAAUCAAGGAAACUUUUCAUGAUACAAAUGUUACUUUAACUGGCACAGAAAUUGUUUUCGUUUUGAAUGGACUGAACGCUGUUGAACUCCAUUCGUUCAAAAUCACCAUGUGCAACAACUAUGGAAGAAGCAGUGUUGUUAUCAAUUCAAAACAUUUUGCAAAACCAUCGGAGGAAAAAGCAGUAUCGUCCCAAAGAAUAAUCAACAUUGUAUUACUGAUAAUUGUUUUAAUCCUGGUAACUGGAAUCGGGGUAUAUGUUAGUAAGUAUACACUGUCUGCUUUUGUUUUCGUGAUAGGAAGUGCUUACAUGUGA